CUUCCACAUUUGACUCCUGUAAUUACACUGGGCCAACUGAGAUAAUCCAGGAUAACCUCUCUAUUUUAAGGACUUCUAACUAACAAUGUUAAUACCAUCUGCAACCUUAAUUCCCCCUUGCCAUGUAAUAUAACAUAUUAAUGAGUCCCCAGGGAUUAAGCCAUGGACAUCAUGGGGGUGGGAGGCCUCCCCCAACAAAGACCACUAUGUCCUGGGACCAGUUCUUUUUUUUGGCCACACAGCAUGAGAGAUCUUAGUUCUCCAACCAGGGAUCAAACCUGUGCCCCCUGCAUUGGAAGCACGGGGAGUCUUAACCACUGGACCACCAGGAAGUCCCUGGGACCAGUUCUUAAAGAGGACAGAGGGGGAGGCUCCCUUCUUGGAGCUGUUGGAUAGGGAGUGUUAGGUAGAUAAACUAAACCAGUCCGAGCUGCUGCUGUCACUAGGCCAAUGGCCUGAAUUAAGACUUGAAAGAGUGGCGCAGUCAGGAAUAAACAUGACAUCACCAGGCUGAGUGUGGGAGAACUUCCCAGAGGGUAGCUGGACUCUGAGGGAUGCUGAAAAUCUAUGAGAAACUGUGGGGGUUGGUGGUAAUACUGCUUAGAUCAACAGAGGAGGAAGGAAAGUAUGAUGGCCUGGCAGCCCAGCAACUAGGAGAGGGUAUCCAUUUUAACCAUCCAGCAACUAUGACCCACUCCACUGGGGAAGAGAGGUGGGAGGGCAUGACCUGCAGCCAAUGGGGACUAGAGCUCAGAUAGUCCUCACCCCAUUGAAUGAAGCAACAUUUCUGGCUUCACCCAGGUUGCUUCUGGGCUUUGGCAUCAGUUAGACUGAGUUCAAAUCCCACAGUGCCAAUUACAGACUGUGAGAAGAUGGGAAAGUGGCCUAAAUUCCUGAGUCUCUGGUUCCUUAAUCUAUUCCACGAGAAUGAUAUCACCAUGUUCUUCAUGUGGCUAAUAAGAAUUAGAAGUUCUUUGAAAAAAAGUUAUAAGCUCUUAUGUAACAUUCUAGAGGGGAGGAUAGUCAGAUAGUAGGAAAGCAGACCCAGCAUAGAUUGGUGAUUAUGCUAUUACUGACAGCACAAGUCUUGAGAAUUUUGCCCUUAACAUAACUAGCUGUGUGAGUCUGGACAAGAUAUUUACAUAAGCCCCAGUCAUAGAAAACAUUCAUUGUAUACCAAAUCUGAGGCAAGCAGCUUCUUGCUAUGUAAGGUGGGGAAACUAUUAAUACCUAAUUUCUAGGGUUGCUGUAAACUUGAAGUUAGAUGCUCAUAAGCAACUUGAACGAGGAUGAGAUGGUUGGAUGGCAUUGCCGACUCAACGGACAUGAGUCUGAGCAAAUUCCCAGGGAUGGUGAAAGAGAGGCGUGCUGCAGUCCACGGGGUCUCAAAGAGUUGAACAUGACUGAACCACGAAGCAACUUGAUUCAGUGCCUCGUGAGGAGGAGCUUAACUCAAAUGUUAGGAUAACUCAAUCCAUCUGACUGGGAAAACGGGAUGUGGAUAACGGAGAGCUAACCUAAUUGCAAAGGGCACUGGGAUGCCCUCACGGAUGUUGUGUCUAAGUUGGGGCCAGCAUGAUUCCAGCAGGUUCACUCAAUGUAAACACAGGCUGGCAAGGUCAAGGUGUUUCCCUUUGCCUGGAAACCAGGAGGUGUGGCCGAGUCAGGGCAUAAAGAACAGCAGAUCAACUGAAAAGUGGUGGAGAGGAGCCCUGCUCCUGGAUCUCUCUGGUUCCUCCAAAUGCUGGGGGCCAGCUUCCCGAGGCUAAAGGAGACAAGUCUGGACCAGGCAGGACAAGGCCCCAGGAACCACGCCAGCCGCCUGAACUUCAGACCAUGUACGCAUACUACUGCCGAGAGCCUGGGGAGGACGUCUGGCCUCUACUGCAGCACCUCACCUACACCUACCAGCCUGCCCCUCUGCUGCUGCCCCCUAUUCAAGCCCAUAACUUCUGCAGCCGGCCCUGGGACCUGUGCGCCGGCGAGUGGGCUGCUCCGCGGGAAUACCACUGCUUCCACGCCACCGGCGCGCCCCUGGAGGUCGCGCCGCCCUUUUGGGCCUUCCCGCCAGCCUACGCCGCGGCCCUGCGCCCGCCGUUCCCCGCGCCCGGCUACCUGGGGCCAUCGCUGCAGGCGCCCGCGGCCACCGGGCGAGCGGCGGUCGAGAGCGGGGCGCAGUGGCCCGAAGGCGGCACCCUGCAGGCCGAGCUGCGGUGGGGCCGCGUAGAGCGCGCGCUUGGGCCGCACCUCGAGCUGCCCGACUCGGUUCGCCGGGAGCUGCGCCGCGUGUACGGCACAUACCCGCGCACCAACGUGCGCGUCACCUACCGCGGCGGCGAGUUCCUGCUCCAGGGCGCGCCGCGCCUGCGAGAGCCCGAGUACCGCGUCAAGAGGGGAGUCCUGCGGCCGCCGGCCAGCAGCGACAGCGGGGACUACAGUCCCGCAGAGGAAGCGGUGGAGCGCGGCCGCCGGAACAAGAGGAAGGCUUGAGCUGAGGGCGCGCGAGGUCCGGCGGCAGGCGACGGUGAGCACGCGCGCCGCUCUCCUGCCGCCGCAGCUAUGCGCUGGGGCUGGGUGCACCUGUUACCUGUAUUUUUGCCUUUUUUUUUUUUUUUAAACCGCCUCCGGCUUGCUGCUCUUCCUUGAUUUCAGGUUUUGGCAGGAUGGCCGGGCUAGGGCGAACAGGGAUCAUAGAGAUCUCUGAGUGGGUGUCCUGUUACUCCUUCCUUCUCCUUGGACUUGGAAAGCCUGAGCGUGUGGUGGAGGAAGGGCCUGGACCCUUUGUUUCCUCCCUGCCCAACCUCCUCCCCGUGAACCCUGCCCUGCAAUGAGCCCCCACGUGCCCUUUUUCGUUUCUUCUCUCCAGCAAAUCUCUCCUAACUCCCCAAGCUGCUGCUGCUGCUGCUAAGUCACUUCAGUCGUGUCCGACUCUGUGCGACCCCAUUGACAGCCCACCAGGCUCCACCGUUCCUGGGAUUCUCCAGGCAAGAACACUGGAGUGGGUUGCCAUUUCCUUCUCCAAUGCAUGAAAGUGAAAAGUGAAAGUGAAGUCGCUCAGUAGUGUCUGACUCUGUGCGACCCCAUAGACAGCAGCCUACCAGGCUCCCCCGUACAUGGGAUUUUCCAGGCAAGAGUACUGGAGUGGGUUGCCAUUGCCUUCUCCGAACUCCCCAAGCUGAGGGCCCACUUAUUCCCAGCUUGUAAAGAAAAGUAAAUGACUGAAGUCAGGUGUAGGCUUUAAGAUUGUUUUUAUGUUUGGGGGUGGAGGUGGGGUUUCUUCAUCUGUGUAAUGUGAGCUUUACUUCCCUUUUUGAGGUACAAGGUGUCAGGGAUAAGAGUGGGAAACGUGUCCUUCCUCACUUGCUGGGCCGCACUUUCCCUUAACCAGCUCCCUUCCAGUGCAAGACGACUCUCUCCUAGGUCCUGAGGCCCACCACCCAUAGAGAGAUUCUGAGGGCAUCAGGUAUUUUGUUGAGGUGUGGCUGGCAAGCAUGGCUGAGAAAGGGUUUAGAUUUAGGGUUUAGAUUUAGAUUUAGGGUUGGCUCUGACAUGAGUUUGGGUAAACUCCAGGAGUUGAUGAUGGACAGGGAGGCCUGGCAUGCUGCAGUCCAUAGGGUUGCAAAGGGUCGGACCUACUGAACUGAACUGACUGACAUUUUCUAGACUCUCUGAGCCUAAGUUUCUUCAUCUGUUAGAGAAGAAUAAAACUAACACAGCCUACCUGGAAAUUUUACCAGGGUUGAAAUCUAAGAUGAAUGUCACAUCUUGUGUCCCAAUUCUUUUUUUUUUUUUUUCUCUUUUUAUUUAUUUUUUAUUUUUUUAAUUAUUAUUAUUAUUAUUUUUUGUCAUACAUUGAUAUGAAUCAGCCAUGGAUUUACAUGUAUUCCCCAUCCCGAUCCCCCCUCCCACCUCCCUCUCCACCCGAUUCCUCUGGGUCUUCCCAGUGCACCAGGCCGGAGCACUUGUCUCAUGCAUCCCACCUGGGCUGGUGAUCUGUUUCACCAUAGAUAGUAUACAUGCUGUUCUUUUGAAAUAUCCCACCCUCACAUUCUCCCACAGAGUUCAAAAGUCUGUUCUGUAUUUCUGUGCCUCUUUUUCUGUUUUGCAUAUAGGGUUAUCAUUACCAUCUUUCUAAAUUCCAUAUAUAUGUGUUAGUAUGCUGUAAUGUUCUUUAUCUUUCUGGCUUACUUCACUCUGUAUAAGGGGCUCCAGUUUCAUCCAUCUCAUUAGGACUGAUUCAAACCCAAUUCUUUUUAAACUUUUUUUUUCUUUUUAAACUUUUGUAUUGUGGGAUAGCCGAUAAACAAUGUUGUGAUAGUUUCAGGUGAACAUUGAAGGGACUCAGUCAUACAUAUAUUUGUAUCUUGUCUCCUCCUCCUUGCUAACAGUCUUUAAUAGGUUGAAUGUGCACUAUUCUAGGAGUUUGCUGGAGGAUUAAGCCACACAUCCAAUUUUAACUACGGGUCUAGCCAUACCACCAUAUCUGAUACCCAGGCUGUAUAAAUUUGGCUCCUCAUGGAAUUGCUUUCAGUGAACUUCCAUUUGUAGUUGGCCAGCAGAUACCUGGGUAUACAGAUAUGUUACUGAAACUGUAGAUCACUUGAUUGGACACUGCUAUAAUUAUGAGCUUCAUGCAGAAGUUCUGUUAAACCUCAGCACUUGGUAAAGAUGUUUCUCCUGAUGAGUGGUUUGCUUUUUUAUCUUUGAAGCACCAAGGAUCUCAUAAUUGAUCAUAUUUUUCUCUUUGCCCUGGUUUCUAGGGAGCCAAAUUUGCUUAGCAUCUUUUGUGUAAAACCUGGAUCCUAAACUGUUACCCCUAAUUUCAUCUUAUUUUCCUUUCCUUAUUUUUUUAAAUUAUGGAAACACAGGGAGCUGUUGUUUGUGUGACCUUGAGUGAACUAUUUAAUGUCCCUGAACCAGUUUCCUCAUCACAAAUGGGGAUGAUGGUAUCAGGACCUAUCUCAUAAGAUUAUUGAGAAGAUAUCAUGAAAUCCUGCACACAAAACGUUUACCACAGUAACUGUCAUAUACUAAGUGCUCAAAGGUUAGUAUUUGUUUUUAAAAAGUAGUUUGCAAUACAGAAAUUUAUAAAAUAGAGAGUUAACAUCUGUUCUAAUAUUUUGUGUGGGCAUGCUAAGUCCCUUCAGUUGUGUUCAACUGUGUGCAACCCUAUGGACUGUAGCCCCCCAGGCUCCUCUGUCCAUGAGAUUCUCCAGGCAAGGAUACUGGAAUGGGUUGCUAUAUCCUCCUCCAGGGGAUCUUCCUGACCCAGAGAUUGAACCUGUGUCUCUUAUGUCUCCUGCAUUGGCAGGAGGGUUCUUUACCACUAGGGCCACCUGGAAAGCCCAUCACCUGCAAAUGAUCACUGAGGUCCAAUCUAGUAUUUUUUUACUAUUUUUUUCUGUGCACCUCAUAUUAACUACAUAAAAGGAAUUGCAGUUUUACUUGUUGCAUUUUACAUUAAGUAUAUCUUGGACAUUGUUUUAUGCCAACGCACAUGGUGUUAUCUCAUUCUU